GCUAGCCAACACCAGCUACUGCUCGGUGAACUAGUUUGGUACGUAGCAGCUAGCACGAUGGGGCAGCUUAGCAAGAACCUUCUGGUGGCGUCCAUGGUGGCGGCCGUGCUGGCCGUGGCGGCGGUGGAGCUGUGCGGCGCCAUCCCGCUGGAGGACAAGGACCUGGAGUCGGAGGAGGCGCUGUGGGACCUGUACGAGCGGUGGCAGACCGCGCACCGCGUGCCCCGCCACCACGCCGAGAAGCACCGCCGCUUCGGCACCUUCAAGUCCAACGCCCACUUCGUCCACUCCCACAACAAGCGCGGCGACCGCCCCUACCGCCUCCGCCUCAACCGCUUCGGCGACAUGAGCCAGGCCGAGUUCCGCGCCACCUUCGUCGGCGACUUCCGCCGCGACACCCUGGCCACGCCGCCGUCCGUCCCCGGAUUCAUGUACGCCGCCGUGAACGUGUCCGACCUGCCGCCGUCCGUGGACUGGCGGCAGAAGGGCGCCGUGACGGGCGUCAAGGACCAGGGCAAGUGCGGUAGCUGCUGGGCCUUCUCCACGGUGGUGUCCGUGGAAGGCAUCAACGCCAUCCGCACGGGCAGCCUCGUGUCCCUCUCGGAGCAGGAGCUCAUCGACUGCGACACGGCGGACAACGAAGGGUGCCAGGGCGGGCUCAUGGACAACGCCUUCGAGUACAUCAAGAGCAACGGCGGGCUCAUCACCGAGGCUGCCUACCCGUACCGCGCCGCCCAAGGCACCUGCAACGUCGCGAGAGCGGCCCAGAACUCCCCCGUGGUGGUGCACAUCGACGGGCACCAGGACGUGCCGGCCAACAGCGAGGAGGCGCUGGCCCAGGCGGUGGCGAACCAGCCCGUGUCCGUGGCCGUCGAGGCCAGCGGGAAGGCGUUCAUGUUCUACUCCGAGGGGGUCUUCACCGGCAGCUGCGGCACGGAGCUGGACCACGGCGUCGCGGUGGUCGGGUACGGCGUGGCAGAGGACGGCAAGGCGUACUGGACGGUGAAGAACUCGUGGGGGCCGUCGUGGGGGGAGCAGGGCUACAUCAGGGUGGAGAAGGAUUCCGGCGCCGCGGGCGGGCUCUGCGGCAUCGCCAUGGAGGCGUCCUACCCCGUCAAGACCGACAGCAAGCCCAAGCCCACGCCGACGCCCAGGCGCGCCCUCGGAGCCAGGGAGUCACAGUGAUGCGGCGGAAUUAUUGCUACUACUACUAUUGUUCCUAGUUAAAUUAAGGGUGAAAUAAGUUAAGAUUGAAUUAAAUGGUUCUGCGUGGGCACGCGGCAAGAAUUAGGCGUGUGUCACGUGGGACAAGGUCGAUCGAUAUCUAUUUGGAUUUUCUGAAUGUAAUGUAAAAUAUAAUGUGAUGUAAUGUAUUGCUGGUUACAGUGUAUGAAAGCUUGCUAAUAUAUUGAGUUCUGUUCAGAGA